AUGGGCUUUUUCAAGCGUACAAUUUCACUCGACUCCAUUGGUGUGGUCUACGAUGAGCUCGACCUGCGGUCCUCCAAUGGGGCAGCGGCGCACGGCGUGACGAGAGAAGUGUUGGAACACCGUGUCUUCACCCCGGUGCUGACUCCGCCGUUAAACGUGGCCCGUAUCGACGACUUGUUUUCGGAGACGAGCACCACUCCCGACACACACACGCACUCCUCGUCGUAUCCGGUUGCCACGUCGACCGCGCAUAUACAUCACUUGCGGGAGGUGUCGGGCGACUUCACCUUCACCGGGCAGCCGAGCGCGGUGGUGCACUUCCGCUCUUGCAUCACCGCCAACGACGCGCGCAGUCGAUUGCACGCCCAGGCCGGUCGCCGUGGCGGUGAUGAUGGCGUAAAGACGUCAGAGACGGAGUUGCCGGUGCAAACUGGGCCGUUCUCGGCAGACAUCGUGUGUGUCAUACUACUCUACGUCGAUGCGAGCACACACGCGAACGUUGUACAACUAGGCAGUGUGUGCCGCUUCUGGCGCUUUUAUGCGAACUUGGCGCCGCAUUGGACGUACUUCCGCUGCAAGGAAUGGAGGAAGCAGGCGAACCUACCGCGCUAUGUGCGCCGCAUUCUCGUCAAGACAAAAAUUGUCACACGUGAGGACUACAUUCGAGAGCGCCUGAAGGUCGAGGACUACAAAAAGAAGGAAGAGCUCAUCAGCACAGCAAAGCACAUUCGGUGGUGUGUCGCGACGGCGAUCAUGGUGGGGGUGAUGCUCACAGCGAAUUUUGUCGUUGCCUACUUCUUGGGCUUUCUGCGCACGGCGCUCCGCUCUGACGUGAACCUCGGCAUUACCACCUUCGUACUUCUCCUUUCUACAACUCUUCUUGAGGUAACCCUCGUCAUCUCCCCGCUGGCUGGCAACUCCAUCUCAGGCACCAACAAGCACAGCACCAUGCGCAUCCUCGCAUGGGGUCUAUUCAUGCUCGUCUGCAGCACGGUCCUGGGCACCAUCUCAGCCCUUGCUUUCACCCGCGCGCAGGCCUCCAAGCGCGUGUUGGAAGGGCCAACCAUCGACUUCACGAUGUCAGCGCAGUGCGAGGCAUACUCGAGCCAGAACCUGCCAAGCUUUGUGCUGGUGCCGGCCGAGCUGAGCGACCUACGGUGGCGACCCGUCACGCUCGACGAAAGCGAAAAGCAACUAACACCCUACUGUGUGAUGAAAAGUGCAGAGGGAGGCGGCAAAACACCCAUGUGCUUUGUGCUGAUGUACUUUGACGCAAACUACUCCUCAGCGGUGUUCCAAAAUGAGUCAGCGCUCCUGGCGGGCAGGGACGUUGGCACUCGCUACGCCGACUCUUUCGAUCCCUUCUCUGUCGGAGUGCAGAUUAGAGGACUGUGGUGCAACACAUCAGGCCACCCGCAGGUAGUGGCGCUGUCGCAGGCCGUGUACUCGAGAGUCAAAGCGAGGCGCGAUCAGCUUUACCCCGCCACCGCCGACUGGCUCGACCCGUCGAGGCGGCCGGCGACCUUCACCGCGAUUAGCCUGCGGUGCAGCUCCGACAUUAACCGCGAAAAGACGGAGAAUCCGCCCAAGUCCACCGAUGUGUGGUACACCAGCGUAGCGGCAUGGAAGUGGAGCUAUGUGCCACUGGUGACGCCGCACGAGCAGGUGCGAAGUACCUUCCAGCAGGCGUACGACCACUUCCUCCACUACGCCUUUGUGUGCCACAUCAUCACUGGUGUCUUGUGGGGCAUCAUGUUGUUUGCCCAGAUGAUCUUCAAGACAGCAGCGAGCGUGGUCUUGGGCGUGGCGACGGCAGUGGCGCUGGCGUGCCUGAAUCCGCUCACGAUGAUCCUCUCUGGGGCCCUCUGCGUGAAAGUGAGCGACUCGUACUUUAUGUGCGACGCCGGCACUGGCGGCGCGCUCAUCGGCGGUGGCGUCGGACUCACGUUUCUGCUCCUGGCGAUCUAUGUAACAGUGCGGGAGUAA